AUGUUGAUAUUCCUAUGUGUUCCCAGAAUCUUACCUAGACAUAUGGCCUGCUGCCUCUGCAAAUAUAAAACUGAUAUUGAGGUUGUCUGCAAGACAGUCAAACUGCAUUGCCAUACUGGAUGUCUGACAAACACAACACAUUGUCUUGAGGAAGCAUCUAUAGGGAACCCAGAAGGGGCAUUCAUGAAGGUGUUGCAGACCCGGAAGGAGAAUAACAGCACUGAACUCAUUAUUGAACCAGAGACAGGCUAUUCAGACCAAGAAAAUGCCAAGUACUCCAGCUCCAUGGAAGAGGAUAUCAACUUUAAUGAUGAAAAUGAUGUUAUGAGUGCCCUGAAUUACAUACUGCCAUAUUUCUCUGAGGGAAAUCUGGAAGAUGUAGUAUCAACAAUGUUACCAUACAUUAAACUGCUGUUUUCUCAUGACCAAGAUUCAGAGAGUUCCUUGGGAUCUUUGCAGAAUGAUACACAAAGUCUUUUUCCUACAAAUGAAUCUGAAUCUGAGCCCUUGCUCCCAAAGGAGCAUGGGGAGGCAGUGUCUUCUUCCCCAGAACAGUCGCUGGUGGACAAGACUCUCACUACAAAAUCGCUGCCUGAGUUCAUAGACAGACGAAAAGACUUGUCUUACACCAUUUUAGUUUUAGAAAGUGCAAAUUUAAAUGUGAAAAGAACGAAGGGGUCUAACCCUAGUUUACUGUCUGAAAAGACACAUAGAAACCUUAGGAAGAAAAAGUAUCAUUUCCGGUUGAUUGCAAAGAGUCCAGCAUCCUCUGCAGUGAGGAGCCUGGUAAAUUCCCCUGCAGGAGGGGUCUUUUCAUCUUUAGGAGACCUGAGUUAUGCAGAAAAGCCUUUUUCAGAAUUAGAUGCUGCCUUAGGACCUCCUUCCAAAAAACCUCUGGCUGCAUCUGAUAUUGAUAAUAUUGAAGAACACAUCUUUGAACCAACCACCCCUAUGUCUGAAGAACCUAUAUCAGAAAAUAUAUUCCCUGAAAUGACUGCUGUAGAGUCUUUUGGGCCUACAUACGAUUUGAUUCCAACAGAUAUCACUGUGCCUGAAGAAACUGCAUCAGAAAUUAUACCCUCUGAGAAUCCUAUUGUAGAGUCUCAUGUGCUUACCUCCGAUUUAAUUCCAACAGACAUCACUGUGCCUGAAGAAGCUGCAUCAGAAAUUAUACCCUCUGAGAAUCCUAUUGUAGAGUCUAAUGUGCCUGCAUCUGGUUCAAUUACAACUCUUCAGCAAGCCAGCAAGCCACAGUUAGACUUCAUCUUGGGGCCUGACUCCCAUGAAUUUGCUUACUCGUUGCUGAUGUCACCAGGUAAACGCUUUGAAUCUCAGCUAAACCAGCAGCUGCGGCCCCUCAUCCCCAACAACAACGUGAGAAGGCUUAUUUCUCACGUUAUCAGGACUUUGAAGAUGGAUUGCUCUGAUCCCAGUGUGCAACUGUCCUGUGCCAAGCUCAUCUCCAGAACCGGCCUCCUGAUGAAGCUUCUCAGUGAGCAACAAGAAUUCAAGUUGUCCAGGGCCGACUGGGAUACGGACCAGUGGAAAACUGAGAACUACAUCAAUGAGAGCCCAGAAACCCAAGGUGGACAGAAGGGUCUGGAACCAAGUCAGCGCACAAAAGAAGUUCCGGGAUACAGCUACAACAACAAAGUCAUCUUGGCAAUAUCUGUAACUGUAGUAGUGACAGUGUUGAUUAUCAUUUUCUGUCUCGUUGAGGUAAGGACAACAAUACAUUCCUGUGUCCAGCAUGUGCCCGGUCUGUGUCAUAGGUUUAGAGGCCGCGAACUGAAAACCUGAGCCACUGACCCUCUCUGUCUACAAAUAAUGCCCCCGAGUGUCCACAGGUACUCUGUGAAGUCGGGCU